UGAACCAAUAGUUCAGCACUUUACAAGGAACAGACUGUGGUUUUAAAAAAAUCAGUAUAGAAUAAAAUAAAAUAAAUUGAUAAAUAGACUAGAUACUACGAUGCCUGAUGGUUUAAAUAGAAAGGACCAGCAGAUCGUUACAUCAUUAGCUAUAUAGUGAAUGACAUCACAAAGACAUUAGAUUUAAAGAGAAAUAAAUGUGUGGUUACCAUGGCAUCAAAAGCCUAUAAAUCCCUCCAGUGUUUGUUUUCAAACACACUUUCCCUUGACAAAGGUAUGUUAAACACACCAAAACGCUGGCAAGUCGUCUCUUUGAGCAUAUAUAUGUGUGCAUUAUUUUACAUAUAUCUUUUAUACACAUACUUACACACACAUACAUACAUACAUGCAUAUAUUGAGCAAAAACCCUUAUAAAAGUUUACUACAGUAAUUUUUCACAGUAAUUUACAGUUUCCCCAUGCUUAUUCUGUGUAUACUGUGCAUUUACCAUGGUUUACCAUGCCUCUCUGCUCGUCACACCACUUGCCUAUGCUUGAUUAUGCUUUCGCUAUGCUUUAUUACACUUUGAUUUUACUAUGGAAAACCUUUCUGAGGGAAACCGUGUGGAUGAAAUGGUCAAAGACUGUACAAUGUAUUCCUGUUACAAGAGGCAGUAAUGCAGAAGGAAGGUGACUUUUUGUGAAACCGUGGAUACUCUCUAAUUACGUUUUGGUGCCUCUGUAUAAUAUAUCAAAAUAUGGGUAUUGAAACUUUCGAUAACUGCCUGAAUGUUUUUUGGUGCCACUUUACAGUAUAUCACAACCAAACAGUGAGCGGGGGUAACUGCUGGCACCACUGACCAAAGGGGUCAGCAAGGUUUCUGUUGAAGCACAAUGUCUUUGAACUUUGGAGCUAGAAAAGACAGUCGUUUAGCCUCUGGACAAUGGAAACCAGACCAGCAGGAUUCCACAAGAAGCAGCCUGGGAUUCUAUUGUGUGAUGGCUGGAUGGACACAGAGGAGCAGGGGGUUGGGGAGUGGGCCAAUUAGCAUGCCCAUGGCUGUGGGCAGGUGGGGGUGGUCAAAAGAUUAGAAGAUUGUAAGGUAGAGGCGAGCUCCCCUCCCUGCAGUGCUCCACAGCCUGAUUGAUCUUGACUUUGAAGUCUCCUAACAAGGGAAUCAUCCAGAGGAUGAUCAGUGCCUGUGAUUGGGGAGAUCAUUGAGGGGUCCGCCUCUUCGUCCUAUUAGCAGCCAAUCAAGGGAGGGACAUUUACAUAGGAGCAUUUAGGAGGUGAGCGAGAGGAAGGUGCAGAUGAAUGAAUUCCAAGUGUGCAUGGUGUGUAUUUUAGUUGCCUUGUCUAAGACCAGCAAAAUAACUUCUCCAGUCUGAAAACACAUCUAAAACCAUGACAGGACGGCUAGGUGGACAAGAUAUUGGAAGAUCUUUCCACCUUCCUGCCGAUGGACUGUACCUCAGCCAGGAAACUGGACCCCAGUAUUUUCCGGACGCUUUCACUUCAGCUCAAGGAUAUACCUAUAAAGGAGCAGAUUACGGUCAGAUGGUCCCUGAAGAUCACUCUGUUACCAAUGCCCGCAUAGGGGCUAAUGGACUACCCAAGGCCUGGUACACUUUCCCUGGGGCUGAAGCCUGGGCCCACAGUGGAAUGGCGAUGCCGCACGGAGUGGGCACAGGUGUUUACGAUUCUUUCAAAGGUGGCGAGGGGGUGAAAGCAGAGAAGGAAAGUUUCCUCUGCCAUCCUUGGAACUCUUGCUUGCUUCCUCCAGUCCCCACCUCAGCAGCGGGGGGAAUGCUUUCCUGCAGCAGUCCAGUGUCAACUCGGACUCUAGCUGGGAAUGGUGGAGGGCACUUGGGCAACUUGGGAGCUCAAGGGCAGCUUGGGGGACCACUUAGCCCCCUCGAUGGAAGCAGUGAGAGCCCCCCAGCCAGCUGCAGCCCAGAGAGUGAAGAUGGAAAGGGGACUUCCAGCGAUAGUGGAGAUGAGGAAACCCCCAGUGCAGCAGAUCUGGAGCAGUUUGCCAAAGAGCUGAAGCACAAGAGAAUAACACUGGGAUUCACACAAGCUGAUGUGGGGCUGGCUCUAGGGGUGCUUUAUGGAAAGAUGUUCAGCCAGACAACUAUCUGCAGGUUUGAGGCUCUGCAGCUGAGCUUCAAGAACAUGUGCAAACUGAGGCCGCUGCUGGAGCGCUGGCUGAGAGAGGUGGACACCAACGAGAACCUUCAGGAGUUGUGUAAUCUGGAGCAGGCUGCUAUCCAGGCUCGCAAACGAAAGAGGACGAGCAUCGAGAACAACGUGAAGGGGACGCUGGAGUCGUAUUUCGGCAAGUGUCCCAAGCCCUCCGCACCGGAGAUAGCACAGAUCGCAGACGACCUCAAUCUGGAGAAGGAUGUGGUGCGUGUUUGGUUCUGCAAUCGAAGACAAAAAGGAAAACGAAACGCCUUCCCUGGGAUUGAGGAAUACGACAGCGGUACUGUGCAGUACAGUAGUAUCCCCACCAUGGCCCUCCACAAUCCCAUGAUGCCUCAGGGCUACGGCUCAGCCUUCGCUAGCACUCUCUAUGUCCCCCAGUUCCAUGAAGGUGAGGCUUUCCCCCAAUCAGUAUCCUCCUCAAUGGGGCGACCAAUGCACUCCAGCUGAAUUCUGGGGUGUAACAAAAUAACAUUUUAAACAUGUAGACUCGAGAGAUGUCAAUGGGCGGACGCACUCCCAAAGCAUCAUGGGAUGGCAAGAAGGACAAUGCCUCAUCGUGCUUUUUGGAGGAUGGUGAGACUGUGUAGAGAGGUGGC